UAAGUGACUCCCUUGUCCCAUCCUACCACCUUAGCAGAAUUCUUCACCAUUAUUCCAUUUUUGUUUAACCACACAUUACGAUUGAGGUCUACUUGAAUGAUGAAGCAAGUUCAAUUCCCUUCUCUUCUUUUAUUCAUCUUCUUCCUCCAUUGCACCACAACACCUGCUCAGUCCCAGGCACCAGCACCAUCAGGCCCCGUCAACAUUACCGGAAUCCUCGAGAAGGCCGGCCAGUUCACCACCUUCAUUCGGCUUCUGAGAAGUACCCAGGAGGCUGACCAAAUCAAUACACAGCUUAACAACUCCAACCAAGGCCUCACCAUCUUUGCACCAACAGACAAUGCUUUCUCCAACCUGAAAUCUGGCACACUAAACUCUCUCACAGAUGAACAAAAAGUUCAGCUUGUGCAAUUCCAUAUCCUACCCUCUUUCUUUUCUAUAUCACAAUUCCAAACUGUGAGCAAUCCUUUGCGCACACAGGCUGGUAAUAGCGACAACGGCCAAUUCCCACUGAAUGUAACGACAUCAGGAAAUCAAGUGAAUGUAACAACAGGGGUUGUCGAUGCAACAGUAGCGAAUACUAUAUAUACUAAUAGCCAGCUUGCUGUUUAUCAGGUGGACCAGGUGCUCCGUCCAUUGGCAAUUUUUGGGACACCAACUGCCGCACCUGCUCCAGCACCAUCUAGCAGUAAGCCUGAAAAGAGAAUUUCAGGUUCAGAUGCUCCUUCAGGUUCUUCAGAUGAUGCCUCGGUUGAUACUUCGGGGGCAACAGCUCCAAACCACCCAGCAACUGCAGCAAUAUCCAUUGGAGUUGCAGUUAGUGCUGCAUUUUGUUUUCUGUUAUAAUUUUGUUAGUUAGUUAAUGAUUAUGAAAUCUUGUGGGAACGAUUGUUAUUAUCAUAUACGACAUGAAAUAACUCGAUGGUAAUUUUUUUUCCUUUA